CGGGGAGGUCGGCGGCGGAGCCGCAGUCCUGAAGGGGCAGUGUAAGCGCCCGCUGGCGACGCAAGUUCCGCACCGAGCUCACCUCUCCUUCCCUCACGCUUCUUCCUCUCGCCUAGUCGUAUACUGCCGGCGGCUCCUGCUAACUAAAGCUUUCGGAGUGCGGGCGCUGAAAAGAAGCUGUCGCCACCUCGCCUUGCGGCCAAGUGAGAGUGCCUGUCGCACCGCGUCGCCCCCUGCGCCGCCUCCUUGCCCCCAGUCGCGGGCGCCUUUCUCGCUCGAAGCACACCCCCCAGCUCCAUGAAUGGAAAUCGGCUCCGCAGGACCUGUUGGGGCCCAGCCCCUACUCAUGGUGCCCAGAAGACCUGGCUAUGGCACCAUGGGCAAACCCAUUAAAUUGCUGGCUAACUGUUUUCAAGUUGAAAUCCCAAAGAUUGAUGUCUACCUCUAUGAGGUAGAUAUUAAACCAGACAAGUGUCCUAGGAGAGUAAACAGGGAGGUGGUUGACUCAAUGGUUCAGCAUUUUAAAGUAACUAUAUUUGGGGACCGUAGACCAGUUUAUGAUGGAAAAAGAAGCCUUUACACAGCCAAUCCACUUCCUGUGGCAACUACUGGGGUAGAUUUAGAUGUAACUUUACCUGGGGAAGGUGGAAAAGAUCGACCUUUCAAGGUGUCAAUCAAGUUUGUCUCUCGGGUGAGUUGGCACCUACUACAUGAAGUACUGACAGGACGGACCUUGCCUGAGCCACUGGAAUUAGACAAGCCAAUCAGCACUAAUCCUGUCCAUGCCGUUGAUGUGGUGCUACGACAUCUGCCCUCCAUGAAAUAUACACCUGUGGGGCGUUCCUUUUUCUCGGCUCCAGAAGGAUAUGACCACCCUCUGGGAGGGGGCAGGGAAGUUUGGUUUGGAUUCCAUCAAUCUGUUCGGCCUGCCAUGUGGAAAAUGAUGCUUAAUAUUGAUGUUUCUGCCACUGCCUUCUACAAAGCACAACCUGUAAUUCAGUUCAUGUGUGAAGUUCUUGACAUUCAUAAUAUUGAUGAGCAACCAAGAUCUCUGACUGAUUCUCAUCGGGUAAAAUUCACCAAAGAGAUAAAAGGUCUGAAGGUUGAAGUGACUCAUUGUGGAACAAUGAGACGGAAAUACCGUGUUUGUAAUGUAACAAGAAGGCCUGCCAGUCACCAAACCUUCCCUUUACAGUUAGAAAAUGGCCAGACUGUGGAGAGAACAGUAGCACAGUAUUUCAGAGAAAAGUAUACUCUGCAGCUGAAGUACCCACAUCUUCCCUGUCUGCAAGUGGGGCAGGAACAGAAACAUACGUAUCUGCCACUAGAAGUUUGUAAUAUUGUGGCAGGACAACGAUGUAUCAAGAAGCUAACGGACAAUCAGACUUCCACUAUGAUCAAAGCAACAGCACGAUCUGCACCAGAUAGACAAGAUGAAAUUAGCAGAUUGGUAAGAAGUGCAAAUUAUGAAACAGAUCCAUUUGUUCAGGAGUUUCAAUUUAAAGUUCGAGAUGAAAUGGCCCAUGUAACCGGACGCGUACUUCCAGCUCCUAUGCUCCAGUAUGGAGGACGGAAUCGGACAGUAGCAACACCAAGCCAUGGAGUAUGGGACAUGAGAGGAAAACAGUUCCACACAGGAGUUGAAAUAAAAAUGUGGGCUAUAGCUUGUUUUGCCACACAGAGGCAGUGCAGAGAAGAAAUAUUGAAGGGUUUCACAGACCAGCUGCGGAAGAUUUCCAAGGAUGCAGGGAUGCCCAUCCAGGGCCAGCCUUGCUUCUGCAAAUAUGCGCAGGGGGCAGACAGCGUGGAGCCCAUGUUCCGGCACCUCAAGAACACCUACUCUGGGCUGCAGCUCAUCAUCGUCAUCCUGCCAGGGAAGACGCCAGUGUAUGCGGAGGUGAAACGUGUAGGAGAUACACUUUUGGGUAUGGCUACACAGUGUGUUCAAGUCAAGAAUGUAAUAAAAACAUCCCCUCAAACUCUAUCAAACCUGUGCCUAAAGAUAAAUGUUAAACUCGGAGGGAUCAAUAAUAUUCUUGUACCUCAUCAGAGACCUUCUGUGUUCCAGCAACCAGUGAUAUUUUUGGGAGCAGAUGUCACUCAUCCACCAGCUGGCGAUGGGAAGAAGCCUUCUAUUGCUGCUGUUGUAGGGAGUAUGGAUGCCCACCCAAGCAGAUACUGUGCUACAGUAAGAGUUCAAAGACCCCGACAGGAGAUCAUCCAGGACUUGGCCUCCAUGGUCCGAGAACUUCUCAUUCAAUUUUAUAAGUCAACUCGGUUCAAACCUACUCGUAUCAUCUUUUAUCGGGAUGGUGUUUCAGAGGGACAGUUUAGGCAGGUAUUGUAUUAUGAACUACUAGCAAUUCGAGAAGCCUGCAUCAGUUUGGAAAAAGACUAUCAACCUGGAAUAACCUACAUUGUAGUUCAGAAGAGACAUCACACUCGGCUAUUUUGUGCUGAUAGGACAGAAAGGGUUGGACGAAGUGGCAAUAUCCCAGCUGGAACAACAGUUGAUACAGAUAUUACACACCCAUAUGAGUUUGAUUUUUACCUCUGUAGCCACGCUGGAAUACAGGGUACCAGCCGUCCUUCACACUAUCAUGUGUUAUGGGAUGAUAACUGCUUUACUGCAGACGAACUUCAGCUGCUAACUUACCAGCUCUGCCACACUUACGUGCGCUGUACACGUUCUGUUUCUAUACCUGCACCAGCGUAUUAUGCUCACCUGGUGGCAUUCAGGGCCAGAUAUCAUCUCGUAGACAAGGAACAUGACAGUGCUGAAGGAAGUCACGUUUCGGGACAGAGCAAUGGGCGAGAUCCACAAGCUCUUGCCAAGGCUGUACAGAUUCACCAAGAUACCUUACGCACAAUGUACUUUGCUUAAAAAAUCCAAGAAUAUUCUCUGAGAAGAAGAACUGAAAGAUGAAUUGACAUACAACGUAUGUUUCCAUGGAGUCUGUAGAGCGGGGAUGCCUCCAGCCAUACAGAAACCAACACUGUGGGGACCAGGGUCUGAUUUUUAUGUUGAUACAAGGAAGAUUGUUUACUUCAUCAAGGAACACAGCACCAUUAUGCAAUAUGAAACCAGCCAACUGCUUUUUUGUGCGGUCUCCUGUAGGAAGUAUCGCCAUUGUUUUGAUUUCACUUUCUUGUAGUCUAACCCUUUUAAUGCCUUUACCUCAAGUUGCUUGGCAGCACAACUAUCUUUGCAAAAAAAGUAAAGAAAAGGUAAAUGAUGAUUUUUAAAAAACACACCAACAUGAAUAAUCAGUGAUUGUUCAUAAUUAUGUGUGCAAAAAAUUUAAUGUGCAUUCAUGUAUUCUUGUAAAAAGUA